AUGGAGGCUGAGGAAGGGUGUAUGAAAUCAAAUGAAAGUUCUCAAAACAACUGCCACCCUAGCACCUAUCAAGACUGUGGCAUCAGCUGCUGUCAUUCACCACUGUGCAGGGAGGAAAACCAGUUUCAUUCCCGUCCGCUCCGGACCCUAUCAGUGCCCAGCUCAUUGGUGAAGAGGUACAUUUUGAGGUCCCUAAUUAACCAAGGGAACCCUCCACCAUAUUCGAGCACCGGUCCAAUGGCCCCAUACCCACCUUAUCCACAGUCACCAAUGGGACCUGAGGUCUAUCCCCCAGGACCUAUGGGAGGACCUUACCCACCUUCUCAAGGGUACUCCUACCAAGGAUGCCCACAGUAUGGCUGGCAAGGUGGACCUCAGGAGCCUCCUAAAACCACAGUGUAUGUGGUAGAAGACCAAAGAAGAGGACUGGGCCCAUCUACCUGCCUCACAGCCUGCUGGACUGCUCUCUGUUGUUGCUGUCUCUGGGACAUGCUCCCCUCACCUGCCUGGCCCUGCUGUCCUCCAGCUCUUCUGCCACCUCCGCCAGGUGUGACCGCCCCCAUCUCUUCUGAUCGCUGA